UCGCGGUCCCUCUCGCGCGUCCUCAGUCCUCACCUACUCAGCUACUGCCGUCGAUCGGCUCCGCCAUUGCUGCCAUGAUAUAAUCCCCCACCCCCACCCCGCGCUCUCCCACACCACCACCAAACGCGACUGUUUCUUGCAUCGGCCGCGCGCCGGCCCUCCACACCCAUCGCACCAGCAUCCAGCAACGACACGCCGCCGCCUCCGCCCUCCGCCUGCGCGCGCGCAUUUCAGCUCGAUUAUCGCCAUGGCGCCGCGCCUGCAGCUCCGCGCCGCCGCCGUCCUCGCGCUGCUGAUGGCCGUCGUCUCCGUGGCCGCGCUCUCGGCGGCGCCGGCGUCGGCGGCCGGAGUGGCCGUCGGCGACCUGGCCGUGGCCCAUCUGGCCGGCGCCGUGGUGAUCCGGCGCGGCGGGCGGACGUGCCGCGGCACGGUGGGCGAGUGCAUGGAGUACUUGGGCGCGGACGCCGAGGGCGAGGCCGACGUCGCGGGCAUGGCCACCGGCGGCAGCAAGCGCCGGGUGCUGCAGGGCGGCUCCGGCUACAUCGGCUACGACGCGCUGCGCAGGGACAACGUGCCCUGCUCGCAGCGCGGCGCGUCCUACUACAACUGCCAGCCCGGCGCCGAGGCCAACCCCUACUCCCGCGGCUGCAGCGCCAUCACCCAGUGCAGGGGCUGAUGGCUGAUGCUGAUGUUUUCAGUCCAUUCUCCUCCCCAGUUAAUGUUAAUCGCAGCUGCUAGCGUUAAGGAUGAUCGAUCGGUUGCUGUGUGAUAGCUUCAUGGUGAUUUUCAUUUUUGAAUCUUUUAAUUUGAGAAGACAUGCAUAUAUGGAGGUCGUCGUCUUUGCUGUGCUAGCACAGCUUUGUCCGGCUGAUCAAGCGGCAUCUCCAUGACUGGUCCAUCGAUUAUUGUGGUGCAGUGGAUAUGUGUCUGUGCUGUUGUUGCUAGCAUCCCUUUCAGGAUGAAAGUAAAAGUAAUUAUUUGUGAUGAUCGUGUAAUUUUCUGGUGUCUCUGAUUUUACAGCCAAUGAAUAAUUUGCAGUGCCUGCCUUUCAUUCA